GAAGUGUAAUGUUACAGUUUUCAUUUUGAUUUUGUAGUAGUAAGUCUAGCUAUACUUAGGAGACUUAUAAAAAACAUGUUUGUAACACAAAAAAUGUUUGUCUACAGCAGUUUUGUGCUCGUUGUUGUUUUAGUAUUCGCACAAGCUAUACCUGUUCCAGUGUCCGAGGAAGUACAUCCAGAAUACAGACAGUUCGGGUUUUCUCAAGUGGUAGGAUUUCCGAGUGAACCGCAAGUGUCUGUUAUUGAAGUAGUGGAACCUGCAGCAGCGGUUAGACCCGUACGAUCAGCCAGUCCGUUUUUUGGUCUCCUUGGCGGAUACGAAAGACCGCACAAGAAACAGCACAACCAUCAUCACUAUAAUACCCAUGAAGAAUAUGAGCCUGAAUAUCAUAGACCCCAACACCAUAAGCCACAACAUCAUCAGCAACAACAAGGUGGCGGUGCAGGAAGUUUUGCUUCAGCUGGAAGUUUUGCAGGAGGACAUGGUGGUGGCCAUAGUCAAAGUGCGGCAAACAGUCAAUCCGCUAGUUUUGGAUUUGGCCCAUUCCAAGCCAGUUAUUCGGCAAGUUCAGCACACUCGGGUAGUCAUUCCAACGUAGGAUUUUCCGACUACGAUUAAGAAAUUUCCAGUAAAGAUUUUAAUUGUAAGCACAAUUAACAUUAGGUUGUACACCUAACCUCUUGUACAGAUUAAUUUAUUUGUUUUAUAUGUGUAUAAUUUAGUGCUAUUGAAGAAAACUGUAUUUAAUUGAAAUUUCAAUGUUGGCAUAUAGAACUAUGACAUUAGUUUGAUUUUUUAAAUGAUUUACAAUGAAUUUUUAUAUGGAAUUGAAAUAAAGUUCCACGUUUUUUAA